AGACAAAGACGAUAAGGCGACUUCACUCACACUUUCUUCCUUUCUUCUUCUUCUUCUUCAAUCCUCAAAAAACCCUAAAUUUCUCCAUUUCCAUUUUCCACAGAUUUCUCUGGGUUUGUUUUUUAGGUAGUCCCAUCAAUGGCGAUUGCAACAUCGAUGAGUUUGAAUCUAAUUGGAGCAUUCAAAGGCUUGUCUCUCUCGUCCACUUCGUCGUUCCUCAGAGGCGAUUUGAAUUUAUGCCCUAAAACCUCCUUCACGGUGACUCUCCCUUUGGAAAAACUCCAAGCUCCGAUUCCAUUGACGAUCGAAUCUGCGCAUAAGAAAGGAGCAGGAAGCACCAAGAACGGUCGUGAUUCUCCUGGACAGAGACUCGGCGUCAAGAUUUACGGUGACCAGGUCGCUAAACCUGGCGCCAUCAUCGUUCGCCAACGCGGUACUAAGUUCCAUGCUGGAAAGAACGUUGGGAUUGGUAAAGAUCAUACCAUCUUCUCUUUAAUCGAUGGAUUAGUGAAGUUCGAGAAGUUUGGUCCUGACAGGAAGAAGAUUAGUGUGUACCCAAGAGAAAUUGUGCCAGAGAAUCCCAACAGUUACAGGGCAAGAAAGAGAGACGCUUUUAGAUUGCAAAGGGAGAAGAAGAAGGCGAGACGUGAGAAUUACACUUACACACUUCCUACCCCUCAACUUGUUCUUGCUUCUGCUCCAACCGAUGAUGCGGAAACCAAUCCCGAUUGCUAGAAAUCAAAUGUGAAUCUUUCCUUAUCUCUUUAUGUUUAGUCUUGUUCAUGAAAUUUUUACCUUCUCUAAUUUACAAGAAACUUUGUUUUAAGAGUUCAGUUGUAUGUGUCCAAUCCAAACCUCACUUUUUGUCAAAAUUUGAGUCCAAGCCUGUUAUCAAAUGGUUUACUGGUUAUUAUUCAAACCAACCCGAGAUAAA